AUGGAUGAAUCGCCGUGGGGUAACGACUACCGGAGGGAACUUGGAGUUUUCUUCGAUGAGAGCACGGAGAUAAGGACCGAACAGCGCGACGAAAACCCUUGUCAGGUGAGAAAGCGGUUCGCGAGAUUGAAAGUGGAGGGCGGAGUGGCAACGACGACGAUCCUCCACAAGAUCAAGGUCAAGGAAGAGACGAAGGAAUGUUGCGGCUACCAGCAGGCCUCGCCGUCGUCCACGUCGGCGGCCACCACCGCGACCGUCGCGACGCUCACCGUUUCGCCCGCGACGGCGAUCACCACGACCGUCACCAACAGCAACGGCGUCUCCACCGUGAACGCGAAUCCUUCCACGACCACCACGGCGAUAAUCGCCGCCGCCGCCACCGCCACCCCCGCUCUGCAGUCAUCCAGCAUUAUUUGCCAUCCACCGACGACCAUCUCCAACACCGUAGACUCCUUUCCAGUCGACCUCGAGCUCAAGGCUAAGAGUAAGGCAUCCUCCGCAACGCGGGAGAAGUCUUCGCGCGAGGAAACGGUCCAGCCUGAGGCGCAUUCGCCUUCCUCUCAGCAGCAUCAAAGGAUCGGUCAGCAGAAGCAAACAAACGGCCCUCGAGCGGAAUACAAAGGCGCAUCCGGUUGCUCUAGGUCUUCUGAUAACGACAGCCCUUUGCCUUCGCAAUCGCUCAAGCCUGAGCUUGAGGAGGCUGCUACAGGUACUGCAAAUGCUGGGCUCAGGACGACGGACGAGCAGAGCGAUGGCGCCGUGUUAGUGAACGGCACUGCCGGUGUGUCCCGAUGUGUCAGUGGUAUCUUCGCGGGACAUGGCAAGCUCAAGAGGUUGCUGGGCACUCUGGUGCAAUUUGCCACCGAUAUCUCAGCAGACACGGGUGAUACGGUGCGCACGCUGGUACUCGCGCUUCUGAGCGGCAGCAUGACCGCGGAGGAGUUUCAUUCGGCGUUACAGGAGGCGACCAACUUUCCACUCAGAAGCUUCGUCUUGCCGUAUCUCAAGCACACCCUGCCCUCCCUGCAGAGGGACCUGAGUAACGCGGCCAGGGCGAAUAAUCAGAGCUGCGUGCAGUUCCUACGAUCCAAUGAGUCCGCCGUUCUUGAGGCUGUAGGGCUGGUACCGUCCGGCGAGUCCGUCGAGGUCUUUGGCGAGCAUGGGGGUGCGAAUGGGAUCGGCGGUGGUAAUCAGUGCUCCACUCAUUACGCUAUGCGCUCAAAUUCUAAUCCCGGCACCAUUCAGCACACGGUGGGCAGCAACGCCGCGGGCGCGUUGCACCAUUAUCCCGGCGUUGCUCAUGCACCGAAACGUCGUGCCUCCGACACCCCGUACUACGAGAACGGCGUUCUUAUGGACGAUAUGCCAGUAUACGGCAAGAGGUCUAUCAAUCCUUGGAGCCACCACCAACAGCAGCAGCAGCAGCAACAGCAACCAACGGACCCGUCCUAUUGCUGGUACCAUCCGUUGCACUCCUCCGGCGGAUCGAUCCAAGGUCACGCGCACGGCCACGGUCACGGGCCGAGCCCGGUGCCGCCUAGUCUCGUGCAGAUUAAUCAGAUAAACGCGUUCUCCGCGCCGCAUCAUCUGACUCAGCAGCCACAACAAUCAUUAGGUCAUGGUUUACAAACGCAGAAUGGCGGCAGCCUCGACGACGAAUGGAAGAAUAUCCAUGUGAUGCUCAAUUGCAUCCUCGGUAUGGUCGAGAAGACGAAGAGAGCAUUGGCGAUCCUUCAGCGACGAGGAUGUUCCAGUCCGGCGGCCGCGGCGCCUCCACCAGGUGUAGUCGCGGCGCAGAAUGGUACCAGCAAUAAUGGCAAUAGUAACGGCAAUAAUCCGUCUUCGACUAACGGUGUGCAAGUAGAAUCGUCCACUGGCGAUCGGGAUGGUGGUCUAAAGCGAUUGUCCGGUGAGAUUGUUGCGCAAACGAUCAGGGCGACUGAAGACAGGGUGGCCGAGGUCAAACGAAGAGCUGAGGAAGCUGUGUUAGAAGUGAAAAGGGCUGCAGUGGCGGAGGUGCAACGUGCCGUAGCGGUUGCGGUUGCGGAGUCGAGAGCGAACGAACGUUUGAGGGUUCAUCGAUUACUGGAUCUUCCUCUGUCCCAAAGAAAUCCGGGCAGUCUCCGUCAGGGCCCUUUCCUGAGAAUUCACGGGAACUCGACCGCAGUUGAGGCCAGUACCAGGAACGUUACGACGCCGACGACGACACCGAAUUCAGCGCCAUCGACCACUGAGGACGAAAAAGAUAUUCACCUCACUAGUAUGAUGGGAUCCAACUGUUGGAAUUGUGGCAGGCCCGCCCUGGAGACCUGCGGUGGAUGCGGGAUCGCUAGAUAUUGCGGCUCCUUCUGCCAACAUCGUGACUGGGAGGCUGGCCACCAUACAACUUGCAACAACCUACCGCCGCGCGAAUCGCGAAGAUCAGCCUCACGCAGUCCACCAAGGAUCGCCGCCACGAAUCUCUCUACGAAUAUCAAUGAGGUCGACGCCACGCCGGUGCCGUCUGCUGGGGUCUCAAAGGGGAAGUGACGUCGCAAUGCUAGGAGCAAUCAGCGAGCCAGAGCAAUCGAUUACGAAUCACGCUGAUCGCGUUUCCUACAAACACUCUCCUCUGUAAAGAAUGUGUGAAUUGAAAUGAAGCAAGAGGAACUCACUCCUGUGAAAUCGAAUGCCUGAUCCUCGAAAUUUGAGAUUGGCUUGAAACUGUUGGGAUAUUCGUUUGUCCUUUCCGCUUUCCGAUUAUAUCUCCGUGAGAAUUAAGACGAAAGAAAAGAGUCAAUUCCGAAUUUGGAUAAUUAGGUAUUCACACAUUCACAAGAUAAAUUCCAGCGCCCAUUCUUUUUAACUCAUUCAUCUUCUACAGUGUUUUCGCCGAUCAUACAUCUUCUGCGUACACUUUCCUUUCCGUGAAACUGGCCGGAGAUUUCUUUUGUACUAUAUCUGGAUACGUGGGCGAGUAUGAAUAAGAAUUACUCUGAUCCAACAUAUUUAUGAAAAAGUUGACUAUACGCUUGUCAAGAAUACCUGAAAACUGGAUUAACAUUGGAAUCGAACUAGUUCGAUGAUCAGUUUAUUCGCUGGAUAGAUCUCCAAUUCCGGCGUUUCAGUCAAUUCAAAAUAUGCGGUAACAUAUGAAGUUUACGAUUAUUUAACCAGUUAAAAAAUGCGAAUAUGGGCUGAUAUUUAUAGGCAGUUCUUAUAUUUAAGACUAUCCUAAAUACAAUCUUAAAAUAUUGUUAAUCACAGAGUCAUCAUUAUUAAUCUCUUAAGAUAUUAUUUAAAACGAUCUUAAAUAAGAGCGGACUAUGAAUACCGGCCAUCGAUCAACAAAUUUGAUGUUAUUCAUCUUUGGAGAUUAUAUAAACCCUUCGGUAACGUGAUUGUCCCUUUAAAG